CAGGAUUGUUGCAGUUACUUUGACGUUUUCACGCCCAGGAGGAAACAGACGAAACCACAGAUUCCCGUGGAUUCGACACCGAUUCUUAUAUAUACUUCUUUUUAAUUAAGAAGUUGUUGAGCCGAUAAUGCUGAAUGGUGGCACUAAUGAAAUUCACAAGAGAUAUAUGCAGGUUGCUGGGGAUCGUGAGCGAAGGCCCCAGCACCCAGCAGGAUCUGGAGCAGGACUGUGGAGUGGCCGUCCCUGACCCCUCCAGCCAUGACCGUCUGGCACAGGACGACCUGAACGGAGAGGAGGGGCUCAGUGAGGAGGAGAAGGUCAAGCGGAGAGCAGAGCGUCGCAGAGCCAAGAGGAAGCGUCAACGAGAACGCAGGAAGAUGGAGCAGGUGCAGAGAAGCACUGAACAGGAUGAUGAAGAUGAGGAUGAUGUUGAGUCUGAGGAGAGCGAGUCUGAGAUGGAAGGAGGAGGUGGUGGAGUAGUAGUAGAGGAGGAGGAGGAGGACAAACAUCAGGGCUCCAUGUGCUGCUCCCAGGAUGAACCGGGCCCCCCUCCCUGCACCUCGGGCCCCCCUCCCUGCACCUCGGCCCCCCCCAGGGCCCCUCCUGGCCCCCCCAGGGCCCCUCCUGGCCCCAGUGAGGAGGAGCCAGAAUGGGAUGUAAGCAGUGCCUUCUUUUCCAAUGCUGCCAGCCACAUCAAGCCUAAAGGCUGGACCAAACCAGGCCGCAAGUCCAAAGAGAACAAGGAAAAUGAGGCCAGAACCAGCGAGGAGAACGGAUCUGACGCCACGAUCAAGAGAAGCGCCUCGCUGACAGAGAAAGGAAUCAAGCUGGUUCAGGAGGGCCAGUACGCACAGGCUGUCAGCAUGUUUACAGAAGCCAUCAGAUAUGAUCCAGCUGACUACAGGUUCUUCGGGAACCGUUCCUACUGCUAUGCAUGUUUGGAACAGUACCCUCAGGCCCUGGCUGAUGCUGAGCGCUCCAUCGGGCUGGCUCCUGAUUGGCCCAAAGGACACUUCCGUCAAGGGAGCGCCCUCAUGGGACUGAAGAGGUACAGCGAGGCAGAGCAGGCCAUGGAGAAGGUGUUAAAACUGGACCAGGACUGUGAGGAGGCUGUCAAUGACCUCUUCAACUGCAAAGUUCUGCAGCUCAUGGAUCUAGGUUUUGAGGAGAUGCAGUGUGUGUUAUUGCUUGAGAAGUUCUCUACAGUACAGGCUGUACUGUCCUCUCCAGAGGCUUCCAGGGCUUUGAGCCAGGAAUCCUCAUUGGUCCAGCCAGGAAGUCCAUGCCAGUCCCUCUGGGUAGGGAACGUGACUGCAGAGCUGACUGAGAAGCAGCUCUGGGACCUCUUUAAAACCCACGGGGAGAUAGACAGUAUCCGAGUGCUGCACGAGAGGUUUUGUGCCUUCGUCAACUUUCAGAACGCCAACAUGGCGUCGCAAGCUCUGGAGAAGCUCAACGGCUAUAGUAUUGAGAACACAAGACUGGUGGUUCGCUACCCAGACCGCCACACCCAGAGGGUCCUGCACACCCCCCUGAAGACCAGCCUCCCCCUGAAGACCAGCCUCCCCCUGAAGACCAGCCUCCCCCUGAAGACCAGCCUCCCUGCCACGGAGCAGGCUGCUGCCGCUGCUGCCGCUGCCGCUGGACAAAGACGCAGAGGCCCGGUGAAUGGAGAUGAGUGUUACUUCUGGAGAUCUACCGGCUGCCACUUUGGGGACAAGUGUCGCUACAAACACUUUCCGGAGCAGCAAGGCAAAGACAGGAAGCCUUGGCAGCCCUGAGGCUAACUUCCUGUCUGGGCAGGAAGCUGAGCACACUAAGUGACCUGAGAGAGCCUUGUCUAACUGACUGGGAGUGCUCAUUGGACAGCAUUAAGACUGGCAGACUGGACCAGAACAGGCCCAACUAACCCAGGCUACAGCCGGAACACUAAUAUUCUGGAUGGAGCCAGCCUUUUUAACCGGAUAGUUCUGAUAGACCUACAGCCUUGCAGCCCUCUAGCUAAGAGUCUGAAGGACCGGGGUGGUUUUCUAGCCCCAGGUGGUCUCUUCACCCUAUAAAAACAUGGAUGUUUUGCUUCACCCUUCAAACUCACCAUUCCUCCGUCCCUCCAAUCCACCAUCACUCCAUUCCUCCACCCCCCUCCACCCCUCCAAGACACCACCUGUCCAGCCCUCCACUUCUCCACCUCACCAUCCCUCCAUCCCUUCUCUCCACCCUACCAACGCUCCAGUCCUUCCACUUAUGCACCCCUCGACUCCACCACCCUUUCAUAGCCCCCUCUCACCCCCACUAUCCCUCCAUCCUUCCACCCCUCAAUCAGAGACCCAGCCGCUCUGCACCACCUCCCCCUUCAGGCUGCCCAGCUGCUGGCUCCGAGGCAGGGCUAGGCCCGGCAUCAUCACCCCUUGGACGAGGGAACUCUGGAGCACACCUCUGCCCAUUUGGUAUUUGGAAUUAAUGGCAAAUACCUUUAGCGGGCAAUUUGAUUAAUUUUUCCCAGAGCAAAUGAAAGGAGGGUAAUCAAAAUGCACCUGGAAUAUUCAAGAAACCAAACUCUUGUUGCUCAAGAUGGAAGUAUAACCCUUGAUUUUUAUCAGUUCAUGUUUAUUGUAGGACCCCCCCUCGUUUACCCCAUGACUGCUGCUGUAACACUGAACACACACUCCUGAACACCCAGCUGGGACAAUAGAGCAGUGUCUUCAACAGUUUCUCUGCUCCGGAAGAAACAUCAUGGAGACACACAGCGCCAACGUUUUUGAACUGUUGUGGUCAUGUGUGAGAAAGGAAUCUGCUAAUGCAGAUUUUUUUGUAUUUCUAUACGAGUACGGUUGUGUGGCACAAGAUCUACGUGUCAAUAUUCUACUCAACCAAAGUGAUCUUCCAACCCACAGAAGGACAGCUAGCUAGCUGACCCGUCUCUAAGGUGAGCAGGGGACUGUCAUGGCUUACAGACCCAUCCUCCAGGGGACUGUCAUGGCUUACAGACCCAUCCUCCAGGGGACUGUCAUGGCUUACAGACCCAUCCUCCAGGGGACUGUCAUGGCUUACAGACCCAUCCUCCAGGGGACUGUCAUGGCUUACAGACCCAUCCUCCAGGGGACUGUCAUGGCUUACAGACCCAUCCUCCAGGGGACUGUCAUGGCUUACAGACCCAUCCUCCAGGGGUCUCAACCACAGCUGCUCAGUCAGCAUGUGUCUGAUCAGGUCCCUGUGACUGGCUGGACUCAAAGACAAUCAUCAGGCAGGUUGCCGAGCACACUAGCACCACUCGCUUACAGACAACCGCAGCAAUCCUCUCCAGUGUUGGCUCACACUACAGCCCAGACCUUGAACUGUGUGGACUGCUGGAGGUGUUCUAGUUUUGGUUUGACACGCUCGCCUCGUGUCUUUGACCUCCGUUUCUUGUUUUGGUUCCUGUGAGACUUGUGACAGACUCAUCACACCAAUGAGGUCAAAUGUCGUGUUUCCACGGUGACAUCUGUGGACCUUGUGAGGGCGUUGUCACAGGGGGAGGGUGGAGCAGUGGGCCAAGAUCACCAGUGUUAAUGGUACACAGACUGAGGCACAUGGUGUCCCCUCACCUAACAUGCUGGGUGGUGAUGAGUGUGUUCCUCCGCCCCUCUCGCACGGCCUGUCUGUGAGCCUGGGUCUCUCCUGGUCCCUCCCUGGCCCCCUCUGCUGUCACAUUCUGGGCACAGACAGGCGCCAGAAGGGAGGUUUGCGUUGUUAGAGAACUUAGAAGAUAAAGUAUUCAUUCAUUUUUAACCAAUGCAUGUUACUUUGGAGUCGGAUUUGGUAAUUGCUUCCCUGUGUGGGCCAUACAUUUAAAUUUGAGUCAGUAACUUUAUUCUCCACCCCACCCCUUCCCCCAAGUUCCUAUUUUGAGGAAAAUGUGUUUUUAAUUACGACGUAUACUCAGUGUUUGACUUGAACAUUGUAAUUCCCGUUCAGGCUAAAUUUACCAAAUAUUUUAGGUCUACAAAUAUUCUGCAAUGCACUGCCAAAGAGUCUGUAUUUAAUAAAUGUAUUUAAAUUAUUAUAAACAC